GCCCCCAGAGAGGGCGGGAGGUGACACAGUUGUUCCCCCAGCCCUGCGGGGCGGGCAGCACGGUUCACUCCAGCAUGGGGGCUCCAGAAAUAAGAAUGUCUAAGCCCCGGGAGGCCGAGAAGCAAGGUCUGGACUCCCUGUCAGAGCCCACAGACACUGAAAGAAACGGACCCGGCACUAAUCACCAAAACCCCCAGAAUAAGACCUCCCCAUUCUCCGUGUCCCCAACUGGCCCUGGCACCAAGAUCAAGGCUGAAGACCCCAGUGGUGACUCAGCCCCAGCAGCACCCCCGCCCCCCCAGCCGGCUCAGCCACAUCUGCCCCAGGCCCAGCUCAUGCUGACGGGCAGCCAGCUCGCCGGGCUCACGGCGCUGAUGCCAGCUCAGCAGCAGCUCCUCCUGCAGCAAGCGCAGGCCCAGCUCCUGGCCGCCGCCGUGCAACAGUCCAAUGCUGCUGCCGCUGCCGCCGCCGCCUCCUCCACCUCCUCUUCCUCUUCUUCCUCCUCCUCCUCUGCCUCCUCCUCGACCUCGCAGCCCCCAGCCUCCUCUGGGGGAGGCGACCUGCCACCACCACAGCCUGCCAGCCAGCCCCCUGGGACCCCACAGCUCACCCUGUCCCAGCCCAUCCAGCUCACAGCACAGGACAUACAGCAGCUUCUCCAGCUCCAGCAGCUGGUGCUUGUGCCGGGUCAUCACCUCCAGCCCCCUGCUCAGUUCCUGCUGCCGCAGGCCCAGCAGAGUCAGCCAGGCCUGCUACCGACGCCAAAUCUAUUCCAGCUACCUCAGCAAACCCAGGGAGCUCUUCUGACCUCCCAGCCCCGGGCCGGGCUGCCCACGCAGGCCGUGACCCGCCCCACGCUGCCCGACCCGCACCUCUCGCACCCGCAGCCCCCCAAAUGCUUGGAGCCACCCUCCCACCCCGAGGAGCCCAGUGACCUGGAGGAGCUGGAGCAGUUCGCCCGCACCUUCAAGCAACGCCGCAUCAAGCUGGGCUUCACGCAGGGUGACGUGGGCCUGGCCAUGGGCAAGCUCUACGGCAACGACUUCAGCCAGACGACUAUCUCCCGCUUCGAGGCCCUCAACCUGAGCUUCAAGAACAUGUGCAAACUCAAGCCCCUCCUGGAGAAGUGGCUCAACGACGCAGAGACUAUGUCCGUAGACUCCAGCCUGCCCAGCCCCAACCAGCUGAGCAGCCCCAGCCUGGGUUUCGAUGGGCUCCCAGGCCGGAGACGCAAGAAGAGGACCAGCAUCGAGACAAACGUCCGCUUCGCCUUAGAGAAGAGUUUUCUAGCGAACCAGAAGCCUACCUCAGAGGAGAUCCUGCUGAUCGCGGAGCAGCUGCACAUGGAGAAGGAAGUGAUCCGCGUCUGGUUCUGCAACCGGCGCCAGAAGGAGAAACGCAUCAACCCCUGCAGCGCGGCCCCCAUGCUGCCCAGCCCCGGGAAGCCGGCCAGCUACAGCCCCCAUCUGGUCACACCCCAAGGGAGUGCUGGGACCUUGCCGAUGUCCCAAGCUUCCAGCAGUCUGAGCACAACAGUUACUACCUUAUCCUCAGCUGUGGGGACGCUCCACCCCAGCCGGACAGCCGGAGGGGGUGGGGGCGGGGGCGGGGCUGCGCCCCCCCUGAAUUCCAUUCCUUCUGUCACUCCCCCACCCCCGGCCACCACCAACAGCACAAAUCCCAGCCCUCAAGGCAGCCACUCGGCUAUCGGCUUGUCGGGCCUGAACCCCAGCGCGGGAAGCACAAUGGUGGGGUUGAGCUCCGGGCUGAGUCCAGCCCUCAUGAGCAACAACCCUUUGGCUACUAUCCAAGCCCUGGCCUCUGGUGGAACCCUGCCCCUUACCAGCCUUGACGGCAGCGGGAACCUGGUGCUGGGGGCAGCUGGUGCGGCCCCGGGGAGCCCUGGCCUGGUGACCUCACCGCUCUUCUUGAACCACGCUGGGCUGCCCCUGCUCAGCGCCCCGCCUGGCGUGGGCCUGGUCUCUGCAGCCGCUGCAGCUGUGGCAGCCUCCAUCUCCAGCAAGUCUCCGGGUCUCUCCUCUUCCUCCUCCUCCUCCUCCUCUUCCUCCUCCUCCUCGUCCUCCUCCUCCACUUGCAGUGAGGCCACAGCACAGACCCCUGGAGGCCCAGGGGGGCCGGAGGCAGGGUCCAAGCCCGAGUGAGGGCCCACCAUGCCUCCCCUCCUACUCCUCUGACCCCCACUUUGGUCCCCGUCUAGAAGACAGCGAGGAGGCCAGCGAUGGGAGUGUAGGAGGGCCUUGGAGCAGGAGUGAUAAGGGAGAAAAGACCAAAAAAAUCUAACAACCAAAAAAAAAAAAAAAAAGAAAGAAAGAAAGAAGAGAAACCAACAAAAAAGAAAACCAAAAAUAAUCACAACAGAAACCAGCUGCCCCAAAGGAACCAGAGGUGAAAAACAAACAAAAACCAAAAACAGACCAACCCCCCCCCCCCAACCCCCCCAACCAAACAAACCAAAAACCAGUUGCAAGCCAGACCUCAGUGUGCUCAUCCUCACAGCUAGGACACCAAAUAAGAACCCCAGCCAGGGGCCUAGAAGCCUGAGGGCGGACCUCACCCUGAGCCCCUGGCUGUGGGGCCAACCUGCAACCUUGCCUCCCCAGCAGGGGGCCAAAGAAGGAAAAAGAGAACGUGCCAGCCUCCUAGCCCCAGCCCCCAGCCCUGGGCCAGUGAAGAUGGCACAGCCUGGGCCAGAGGGGUGGGGCUCAGCACCACCACCAAAUGUUCUUUUCCGAAAGGUGACAGAGAAAGGGCCUGAACAACCUUACACCAAAUAUUCAGUAGCUUCAUCCAAAGGAUGUACAGAAUUUUUAGCGUUGUGUUCAACAGAAUGUGUCCCCACCAUGCGUCCUUCCCCUCCCCCCAGCUCUCCCCACCCAGGCAGGGGGUCUGCUUUAACCUCCUCCCUCCCCACCCCCCCGCCAGUGGAGAGUGCGGGGGAAGGCCUGGGAUGACUUUUCACCCCUGUACUUCCCCCUUUUCCCUUUGAAGGGUGGGCUAGGCCAUUUUUGCUAAGUUCUAGCUCUCACAUGUCCCCCCUCACCAGGUCACCCUCCUGUGCUCUGGGACCUCCCCCCUCCCUGGCCUAUGGGGAGGUGGAAGUUCCAGGCAAGAGGGAACGAGGUGAGGGCAUCCAAGUUGUCUUUCUUUCCAUCCUUGUCUGUCAGUUUCCCUGAAAAAAAAAAUCAUAUUCCAGUGCCUAUCCGUGGAAUCCUUCACGUUCUUUGACAUUGACCAGAAACCAAAAAGAGAACUCACUUCAUUCCCUCCCACUCCCCCGUGCCCCUCUGAUACUGGCAGAUGCCUCUUCCUCUCCCUGACAAAUGCAGACACGCACUCACCCCAGUGGUGGGGUUCCUCGAGAUGGCAUCCCCAUCAGGGUCCAUGUGGCAGGGACAGUGCCAUGACCUGUGGUCCCCAUCUGAGAGGGCACUGUGGUAGCCACUGCUCCUAUGAGACCUCCCUCUAGUCUUGGCUGGACCCUGUGUUUGCUCAGCACCGGACACAUCUCCACGUUGACAGACAGAGGAGACACCACUGGGAGCCACUUUGCCCCCUGCUAUUGUGGAGGCCAACAAAGUUUUGAACCAAAAACAAAAAACCAAACAAACAAUAAAUUAAAACUAGAAAAAAGAAUUUAUAUAUAUAUUUAAGGGAAAGAAGAAGAGAGCUCUUCAAGAAUAAGAAGGAGCCGAGAGGCGGAGCCAAGCCCUGUCCAGGCCCUUGGUCCCCAAGGCGGAUGGAAGGACAGAUGCUUCUUUCUCUUCACAAAUACCUCAUGGACGUCGUCUUCGGGAAAGCCGGAGGGGGGCGGCUGGGGCAGGCCUGUCCCUCAGCCAGGGCAGAUGGAAGUGGGUGGGCAGGGCUGAGAGAGGGUGCCAGGGACUGGGGUGAAGAGCCCCAUACUCCCUGCCCCACCCCAAUCAACUGAAAAAGCUUUAGAAAAACAACAACAGGAAAAAAGGAAUAAGAAGACAAAAAGAAUGGAUGAAGGAAAACUAACACACUUUCGGGUGGUUUGAUUCCUCCUUUGAUUUCUUUUUCUAUUCCAUCUGUCCCCUCUCCUCUGUAACUUUUCUCUCUGCUUCUCUCUCUCUCUCUCUCUCUCUCUCUCUCUCUCUCUCUCUCCUCUCUCUCUCUCUUCUCUCUCUCUCUCUCCUCUCUCCUCUCUCUCUUUCUCUUCUCUCUCUCUCAUUCACUACCCUCUCUCUUCCUUCUUCUCUCAUCUCUCUCAAUCUCGUUCUUUCUGUGUCUCUCCUCAAACCAAAGUGUUGCUGUGAAGGACGAGAGCCAUGGAAAUCAGCGUGGCCCUGCCCCUUGCUGGGCCGAGCAGAGCAGAGGGAGGGGGAGCCCCGAGACAGUGCUGCUGGACACUGAGGAGAGGCAGAGCCUCGGAUGCCACUCUGGGCCCUGAGGCCUCCAUGUUCUUUUUCUCUUGUCUCCCUUCUCCCACCCGGGAAAUGAAACUGUUGGGCUGGGCCACAGAGGCAGCAGAGACUCAGCUGUUUCGGGGGUUUGGGGUGCCCUGUCUGGUAGCAGUGGAGUGGCUGCCCCUCGGACCCUGGCACCCAUGAUGGGGCCUGGCAUGCCAUCAGCCAGCCUCGCCGGAAUGUAAGAAUCUCUGCUGAACCGACUCCCUGCCCUCACCCUACCUCUGAGUUUGUCCAUUUUUAUUUCCUGAAGAGAAGAGACUAUUGAGAGGGCCUGGGCAGACAAUAAGGACAUUUGAGCAGAGCAAAGUUAAAGGAAUUACAACCAAAAACCCCUCCGAGAAGACAGGCAGCAUGGAAGGCAUGGUGGAGAUGACUCAAACAAAAACUAUGAUUUCAGACCAAAAAAAGAAAAAAAGAAAAAAAAGAAAGAAAAAAAGAAUAAAAUGUGGAAAAAAAGAGAAAAAAAUCCAGGACUCACCACCACCCACUUCAUCCUGCUUCCUCCCCAUCAAGUCCUGCCACCUGGGACCUCUCCCCAACCCCAGUGUGGGGGGAGUGGGGCAGACAGCAGAGGAGGAAGUAGGGAGCAGGGAUAGGGCCAAUGAUGCCCUGACACUGGUGGAGGGACCCCCCCAUGCAGCUGGGGGGUGGUGGGGACCCUCCCCAUACAACCCCUAUAACUGGGAAAAGAAAAACAAGAAUAAAAGAAAAUUCCUGGGAGGGGGAAAAAUAACCAAAUCCCAAGCUUUAACUACAGCUGUGAAACCAAAUAUUGGGAAGGGGAUGGGAGGGAGGGAGGGGCAAGUGUGCCCCAGGUCUCCCCCCUGGGCCCCCUCCCCCGAGGACUCGAGAUAAGGCACCAAAUACCUCAUAGAACUUUAAUGUUAAAAAAAGGAAACCAAAUAUCGUUGGCUGGGGGCCAGCCAGGGCAAGGGGCUGGGGGGCAGAAGGGAGCCAGGGUUGGGAAGGUGAUGGGGGAAUUUGUGCCCCCCACUCCCCUCUUGCCCUUUCCACUCCAGUCCCCCGGCUGAACUCCGGGAAACAAAACUAUCUCAUCGUUUUUAUUUUGUGGUCUGUACAGAGCCUGUGUCCGUGUGUCUGUGUGAGCGAGAGAUUUGGGGGGUUGGGGAACAUUAUAUGGGGGUUGGGGAGGGAAACCCCAGACCAGGCUCUGGGCUAGGUGUGAUGUCUGAGGUGAGGGGCCAGGGGUCUGGGCUAGAAAGAGAGGAAGAUGAAUGGAUUGGAGAAAUGGGGCAUGGGGCACCCUCUGGAUUCCUCUUCUCCCCAACCAUGACCUCCUGCUUGAGGAAGGGACAGAGACUGGGUCUACCUUGAUGGUGGACCUUUGAAUUGUGCCAAAAAAAAAAAAAAAAAAAUGCCAGUAACUAAAACACCGGUCUCUGUUGUCUCCUGGGAGUGAGGGGUGGUGUAAGUGGGGAUGAGUGGAGAUUGGGAACUCUGGCUCCUGUAUGAGUUGGGACUAAGAUCAGGAGGAAGGGGAAGGAUAUAUUUCCCACUCAUCUAUUUCUCUGGGGAGGACCAAGAGAGAGGGUCUCCAAGCCCCACAUCCAAGCCAUGUAGCGCGGGUGACCUCCUGACAUGACUAGAUUUCCUCACCCACCCAGAUCCCAGGUGCCUCUCUCCCAUUUAGCCCAGGGUAGGGGGAACUGAGUGAGAGAGAGAGUGAGACGGACUGAGCAAGAUUGAGACACGCGGGCCCCCCACUGGCCUCUGAGUGGGAAAGGCAAGUGCGAGAAAUAAAGGCCUCCAAGAGAAAAAAAGAAACAAACCAAAGAUUUAACCAUUAAAAAAAACACACACAAAAAAACCCACAGACAACUCCGCUACCUUUUUAUACGUUGGAAAAAAAGUGAAAAAAUUUAAAAUUAAAAAAAUACACAAAACAA